ACUAAAGACGGGAUGACGUAUUGGCAGAAGAAGACGUAAUUUUAUCUUCCGGUUAGCCAACAUGGCGCAAGGUUCGCAGAAGUUUAAAGCUCAGCGUCCAGGCGCCGCGAAAAAACAACAACAAAACAAGCAAAAGGGACCGAAGAAAGGAGGAAGGAUCAUUGCACCUAAAAAGGCAAAUGUUAUUCAACAACAGAAGCUCAAAAAGGGUCUGGAAGUUGCCAUCCGGAACAAGAUUGAACAUGAUGUGACGCAGAGGGCGAGCUCAUCCCUACACAAGCCCCUCAGCGUGGUCAAAGGCACUGAGGGCAAAGGCAACACGGGACCAGCUCGACCAGGAAUCAGCUCAAAAUAGAUCUGCAUACUAUGGACAUCUAUGAUCGUUAUGACUUUACAAGAAAAAGUCGUUACAGGUUGUAAAGUUUCAGGAUACUGCAUCUUUAUCACUGACCACAGGUGUAUGUGUUGCUGCUUUAUUGAUCUGUUCUUUCUGGCGCAGCGCAACUGUAAAACUGAGAGGAGAUGCUGUAUAUGUGAAUGUAAAUGGUUCUUAUUUAAAAAAUAAAUUUUAGCAAUAGUUAUCCAUCUUCAACCACUUUUGUAUGACCUGCAAACCCCCAAAUUGUAUGAAUGAAAUCAAACGAAAAUUUCCAGAUUGUAAAAGUCUGACAAAUUUUGUCAGCAGAUGUUUAAUAAACCAAGUCAAUCUCGAAAGGCUUAGAGGUCAUUGGAUUUCAAUAUCAAAGUGGACAUAAUUACAUAAUAUACUUUUCAAUUAGAGUAUUGCUUAACAUGUAUCACAUGUAUUUUAUUCAGAUAUCCUACUUACUCAUUAGUGUCACAUGGAGCCUGUCCCAGUUGUUUUUAGCCAGGGUACAGGUGCAUCCUUGGUCAUUAACAAUGCAUUCUUUUUUUGUUUUUGUUUUUUUGGCUCUGUGUAGGCUUAAGAAAUGUCAAGUUAAACGAUAUCCUGGUUGUUAAACCCUGCUGUAUUAGAAUACAACACUGCAAUCGUUACUGUACUUCAGUAUAUAAUAACCCUCAGUGAGGGUUUUAUUGCCACCUGGUGGUAAACGUGAGUCUCAACAUCAUUGUACACUCAAUCACCAUGGUUUUGCCAAAAUCAUUUCUGAAGUCAAUUUACAAGCAGUUAAAAUAAGUAUCAAUACUUAAGAUAGAAAAUACUGUCAAUUAAACAGACUAAAACAUAUCUGAUCUAAGGUUUUCUGUGCCAUCUUUAGAGAUGGCCGCUUCAAAAAUCAACUUUCAACUUUGUUUUCAGAAAAUUAUCAAUCUAGAAGUAGUAAGUUAAUGAUUUAAAAAAAAAAAAAACGCUACUUGAUAAAUAGGAACAUUAAAUGUCUUUUUAUCGGAUUCAAUUAGAGGUUGAGCCUGAUUUGCAAAUCAUUGUACUUUUUUGUUGUUGAACAAUGUGCAGAAAUACUGUACUGUAUUGUCAACUGUACAACAGAAUAUUCAUGAACAAAUUCAGGGUACAAUACAUUAACACUGGCCAACAUUUGGUGUGGCAUGAUUUUCUUGAAAGAAAAAAUGUCGCCGUUUUCAAAUCUACAAUCAUUUCCCCCCUGAAUGCUUUAGUUUUCAUGCAAUCUGCAUUUUUUGAUAUUCUCAUAUGAGUGGUAUUUUAUACAGAUUCUUCAUAUAUUUUCGCCCAAUAACAGUUGAACUUUUCAGUCCUUUGCAUAGUUAUGUUGUUUCUGAGCCGUUUUCAACAUUAUUAGCUUGUCAUAGUUGAAUAAUAUUGCAGCCCUUUGCCACCAGUGCAGUACAGCACGUGUCACGUUGUCUCUUGUUGCUAUUAUUAUAGGGCCAGCUCUCUGUCCACUUUGUUAAAAGUAUCACGUUGCAAUAAGUUUCCAUUGUACAAUUUAAAUCUGAUUUGGGAAGGAAA